AUCUUUAUGUGUGAGUGCGCAUGCUCGCUGCGCUUUGCCACGUCCAGACGGCAGGCCCGGGAGGAGAGGAGAGGGAUUUGGCGUUUGUAGGAACCGGAGAGAAGGACAGGCACCGAGCUCGCUUCAAAAAAUAACCCUCACAAACUCCCAGCCACAGGUUGAGAGGAGAUGACCAUGAAUGGGCAACUGGAUCUGAGUGGGAAGCUCAUCAUUAAAGCUCAAUUAGGUGAUGACAUUCGCCGGAUUCCGAUCCACAAUGAGGAUAUAACCUAUGAUGAACUGGUACUGAUGAUGCAGCGGGUCUUCCGUGGGAAACUCCAGAGCAAUGAUGAAGUCACAAUCAAGUACAAAGAUGAAGAUGGCGACCUUAUAACCAUAUUUGAUAGUUCAGAUCUCUCCUUUGCUAUCCAGUGUAGUAGAAUACUUAAACUUACAUUAUUUGUUAAUGGACAGCCACGACCAUUGGAGUCUAAUCAAGUUAAAUAUCUUCGCUGGGAACUAAUAGAACUUCGGAAUAAGGUGAACCGGCUGCUGGAUAGCUUGGAGCCCCCCAGCGAACCAGGUCUUUCUUCUAACAUCCCUGAAAGUGAUGCAGUUGAUGGAAGGGAUGGAAAGGCUUUGGCACCAGACUCUACGAUUAAGCAGCCAGUUCCCGUUAGUGCUGCCAGCAUGUCUGCCUUUGAUCCUUUAAAAAAUCAAGAUGAAAUCAACAAGAAUGUAAUGUCAUCAUUUGGCCUGACUGAAGACCAGGUUUCAGGCCCUCCAAGUGCUCCAGUAGAUGAGCGGUCAGGAACACCUGACAGUAUUGCCUCUUCCUCAUCUGCAGCUCAUCAACCUGGCGCUCCACAGCAUCAACAGUCUUACGCAGCAGUUCAACCUCAGGCUGGCCAAAUGGAAGGUCAAAUGUAUCAGCAGUACCAGCAACCAGGAUAUGCACCUCAACAGCAACAACCACCGACCCAGGCACAGUACGGACUGCAGUACCCAGGUUAUAAUCAACAACCAUCCCCCCAACAGCAAGCUCAGCAGUUCCAAGCUUACAAUCAGCAAGCACCCCAAGCUCCUGCACCUGGAUUCUCCACUCAAGCCCAGCAAUUACCAUCACAGCCUGCUCAGCAGUACCAAGGGGGCUCCUAUGCACCACAAAAUUAUACAACACAAGCUUCUCAGCCUGCUAACUACACAAUGCCACCUACCUCCCAGCCUGGUAUAGGUCCAACUCAACCAGGGGCUUACCAGCCAAGGUCGGGUUUCACACCUUCCCCAGGGAGCAAUGUGACACCACCACCAUCUGCGUCCAAUCCAUAUGCACGGAAUCGUCUCCCAUUCGCUCAGGGGUAUACCCAACCUGGCCCGGGUUAUCGGUAAGACUCUAGGGAUGCUGGAAAAGCUGCAAGCCUACUUACAGCUGCUAGGUAAUAAUUUCCAUCCAUGCACAGAGAAUCCAAAACUACUUUGAUUGAAAUCAGUUUAUAAUCUAAAGCAGAGCAAGCCCUUCUAGUAGCUUCAGAAUAAUGGAUUUUGUUCGCUGGGGAAAGAGACCAAAUAGAUUUGUUUUCUCCUAUUUUCUGCUUUCAAACUUAUCAGUAUCAUAGCAUAAGGAACUUUUAUUGAGACACUACCUAAAAAUGUGCUAAGUGAUUUGAAAUUGUAGACUGCCUUGGUGAAAGAAAAAGAAAUUUAACUCUAGUUUGGAAGUAGACCAUGGAUGUGAUUCAUUUUUAUUGUUAAAUGAAUAACGAUAUGUACUAAGUGAGAUCCUGAUUGAAUUGAGAUUAGAAAUUAAUAUGUACAAAAAAGUAACAUUCACUUAGAAACUAAUAAAGAUGUCAAAACUUA